UUGUGGCCGCCGCCGGCCGCCGUCGUGGCGCCGCUGCGCGCGCGGGGCAGCGGGGGCGGGGCGCGAUGGCGGAGACCGGGAGAGGAGCGGGAUUCCUAUCCAAGAGGAUUUAGACCUCGCUUAAAAAGAUGCCUGCUGCCUGUGAUUCAGUGCUUGAGGAUAUUGAAGACAUUGUGUCAGCAGAAGAUGUGAAACCACACGACCGACAGUUUGUGAGAAGGAAUGUUUUUCCAAAAGUGCGAAAACGCAAUUCACAAAAAAAGGUUCAGACAGAAGAUGAUCCCCCAAGUGACAGCAUUAUUCCUGGUGUUCAGAAAAUCUGGAUUCGUACAUGGGGAUGUUCUCACAAUAACUCAGAUGGUGAAUAUAUGGCUGGACAGCUGGCUGCAUAUGGAUACAAAAUUACAGACAACUCCGCUGAAGCAGAUCUGUGGUUGUUGAAUAGUUGUACAGUAAAAAAUCCUGCCGAGGACCACUUCAGAAACUCAAUCAAGAAAGCCCAAGAAGGGAAGAAGAAAGUCGUUGUAGCAGGCUGUGUGCCACAAGCCCAACCUCGUCAGGACUACCUGAAAGGCUUGAGUAUUAUAGGGGUUCAGCAGAUAGAUCGUGUAGUAGAAGUUGUGGAAGAAACUAUUAAAGGCCAUUCUGUGAGACUGCUGGGUCAGAAAAAGGAUAAUGGAAAACGUCUGGGGGGAGCACGACUGGAUUUGCCAAAGAUUAGGAAGAAUCCACUGAUAGAAAUAAUUUCCAUCAAUACAGGGUGUCUCAAUGCAUGUACCUACUGUAAAACUAAGCAUGCCAGAGGAGAUCUAGCAAGUUAUCCAAUUGAAGAACUAGUGGACAGAGCCAAACAGUCUUUUCAAGAGGGUGUUUGUGAGAUAUGGCUGACCAGUGAAGACACAGGGGCUUAUGGAAGAGACAUUGGCACAGACCUCCCCACCCUUCUGUGGAAGCUGGUUGAAGUUAUUCCUGAGGGAGCUAUGCUGAGACUUGGCAUGACAAACCCUCCCUAUAUUUUAGAGCAUCUGGAGGAAAUGGCGAAGAUUCUGAAUCAUCCAAGGGUGUAUGCUUUUCUGCACAUACCAGUCCAGUCAGCCUCUGACAGUGUGCUCAUGGACAUGAAGAGAGAAUACUGUGUGGCAGACUUCAAACAAGUAGUGGAUUUCCUUAAAGAAAAAGUGCCUGGAAUAACAAUUGCUACAGACAUCAUUUGUGGGUUUCCAGGAGAGACAGAUGAAGAUUUUCAAGAAACAAUGAAACUUGUAGAACAGUACAGGUUUCCAAGCUUGUUUAUUAAUCAGUUUUACCCACGCCCAGGAACACCAGCUGCAAAAAUGCCUCAAGUUCCAGCUGCAGUGAAAAAACAGAGAACAAAGGAUCUGUCCCAGUUGUUUCAUUCAUACAAUCCAUAUGAUCAUAAGGUUGGUGAGAGGCAGAGAGUUCUGGUAACAGAAGAAUCAUUUGACUCCAAUUACUACGUUGCUCACAAUCCUUUCUAUGAGCAGGUCCUUGUGCCAAAGGAUCCUCUGUUGAUGGGUAAGAUGGUAGAAGUGAAUAUUUAUGAAGCUGGAAAACAUUUUAUGAAGGGGCAACCAGUGUCAGAUGCCAGAGUUCACACUGCAUCCAUCACCAGACCAUUAGCAAAAGGAGAAGUUUCUGGUUUAAGAGAGGAGUUCAGAUGUGGACCACAGAAUGGCACAAACUGCAAAACACACCCUUCUGCUGAGAUCCCAGUGAAAACACCGCUCAGCUCGUGGAUGGCUUUGCAGCUCCCAUGGCAACAAGGAGGUGGACUGAAGAUACUGUCUGCCAGCCUGGCUUUACUGGCGGUUCUUGUUAUGUUUUACUACGGUGGAAUGAAAACAGAACUGUGAACUGAAUGAGGCUUUUAUGAAAACAAUAAAACUGCUGUUUAAAAUCUUCAAAGGAAACACUUUUACCAAGAAAUCUUUUUUUUUUUUUUAAAUAAUAUAAAUUGGGCAGUAAUUCAUACUCACUCUAUGCCUUUCCUGUCAUUCAGUGGAGAAAAUGUUAAGCUGUGGGGAGACCUAUCUUGUCAAAACCUGAGAUCUUUGUUUGGCAGAACAGUUUGUUGCAUCUUCCCUUUUCUUUUUUUUCUGAAAUGAUGCAAUAUUUGCAUUGCAUACUCUUUUCAUAACUACUGUAUCAGGUAAAAUUGCAUGAAGUUUAUAAGAAAUGUUUCCACUGAGUGAUGUUGGUAAUCUUUUAUGGUCAGAAUAUUUAAAGCUUUCUUAAAUAUUUUUCUUAGUGCAGUGUGAUGGUUUGAUAUGUCUUUUUACAUUAGAAUCAAGCACUGCAAGACCAUUAAAGUUUGUCAUUUGUUGCUACUUA